GGAGACGUAGGUGACGGCGGUCCGCCAUAUUGUCUCUGAAACAGCAGAAAUCACAACUAGCACAGACACACCGGCGACGGAGGGAGGACACAACUGUCGGUCUUUCAAAACUCCGCUCGUUUCGGGAAGCGUUCCGGUCGUCGAAUUGAUCAAGGGGCCAUUUCACCGUGCCCCUGGCGGCCCCUCCCCCCAUCCUCAAAUAAACCCCCCCUACCCUGAACCCCUUGCCCUAUUGGGAUCAACCUUCCUUUUCCCCACCUUCUCUCCUUUCCCCUCUCCCACCCAUCACCCCUGUUUGGCUGACCAUCCUCUGCUGCAUUAAGAAGUCCCACCAUCUCUGCCAAGCUGUCGGACAUGUCAGGACCCGUGCCAAGCAGGGCCCGAGUGUACACCGAGGUCAACACUCACCGGCCCAGGGAGUACUGGGACUAUGAGUCCCAUGUGGUUGAAUGGGGAAACCAGGAUGACUUCCAGUUGGUGCGAAAGCUGGGGCGUGGCAAGUACAGUGAGGUCUUUGAGGCAAUCAACAUCACAAAUAACGAGAAGGUGGUGGUAAAGAUACUUAAGCCCGUGAAGAAAAAGAAAAUCAAGCGUGAGAUUAAGAUUUUGGAGAACCUACGCGGAGGUCCGAACAUAAUCUCCCUCAUUGAUAUAGUAAAAGACCCAGUAUCCCGGACACCUGCAUUGGUCUUUGAACAUGUCAACAACACAGAUUUCAAGCAACUGUACCAGACCCUAACAGACUAUGACAUCCGUUUCUACAUGUACGAGAUUCUCAAGGCUCUGGAUUACUGCCACAGCAUGGGAAUCAUGCAUAGAGACGUGAAGCCACAUAAUGUGAUGAUUGAUCAUGAACACCGCAAGUUGCGCCUUAUUGACUGGGGCCUGGCUGAGUUUUACCACCCAGGGCAGGAGUACAAUGUCAGAGUUGCCUCUCGCUACUUUAAAGGGCCCGAGCUCCUGGUGGACUAUCAGAUGUAUGACUACAGUCUGGAUAUGUGGAGUCUGGGCUGUAUGCUGGCAAGCAUGAUCUUUCGGAAGGAGCCUUUCUUCCAUGGCCAUGACAACUAUGACCAGUUGGUGAGAAUAGCCAAGGUUCUGGGCACUGAAGACCUCUAUGACUACAUCGACAAGUACAACAUUGAGCUUGAACCUCGCUUUAAUGACAUUCUGGGAAGACAUUCUCGCAAGCGGUGGGAGAGGUUUGUCCACAGUGAGAACCAGCACCUGGUCAGUCCAGAGGCUCUGGAUUUUCUGGACAAGCUGCUGCGCUAUGACCACCAAGCCCGGCUGACCGCCCAUGAGGCCAUGGAACACCCUUAUUUCUUCCCUAUUGUGAAGGAUCAGUCUCGUGUGGCCGGAUCAGCCAACCUGCCCAGUGGGAACCCGGCUGUUAGCUCAGCGAGCAUGAUCACUGGUAUUUCUGCCUUGCCAGCCUCUACUGCCCUGGGCCCUCUUACUGGAUCGCCGGUCCUGUCUGCUGCCACCAAUGCCCUGAGCACCCCGGUGCCCGCUGCUGCUGGUGCCCCGCAGUGACACCCCCAUCGAAAUCCUCCAUCACCCUGCCUCACCUCUCCCACCUCCACCACCACCCAGCUUGGGGGAAGAAACUAGACAGGUGCCACUCUGCCAGCCCUCCCCAUAUCCAACCAGACUCCACAUGACUAUACCCCACCAACCCUUCGUCUGAAGGACGCUGUCAUCCAAGAAAAAAAACAAUACAAGUUUUCUGCAUUCCUUUGCCUCCUCGAAUGAACGUGUUGACCUGAAAUCCAAAAUGAAUGUUCUGUGUAAUUGAAGUAUACAGAUAUUCCUUUCAUUUUCCCUCAAGCUGUAGUGAAUACAAAUGGGUGUGUGUCUGUGUGUGGUGAGCUUGAGAAAGAGUGUCCCCCGUUGUAGUUUGGAUAGUGAAGGCACUGGUCAGCAAGUAUACAAAGAGAAGGCAAAAAGAAAGCUGGCUGCCACCAGUAUCAAAAGGAGCACAUCCUGUGUAUAGUUUACGGCUGCAGCACUGUCAAACAGGACCUGAGGAAAACAUUUCCUUUACCUUAACACCCUCUUCAUCUCAGCACGUGUGGUGCUGUCCUGUGCUCCAGGUGUAUGUGAACACAAUGACACUUCAACACUUUCUCUGCCUGAGUAGUCUUGUCUAGCCUAUCUUACCACACCAGAUCACGUAUCUUCUUUUUAUAACGUAAACCCCCUUCCCCCUCCCAUCAAGCCAUGUGUUGUUACAACCUUUUUGUAUUGAAAAAUGUUCUGGACUGCUGGAUUAGGUUUAUCAUCAGAUUGACACUAGUGUACUUGGGAUUCUCUAGAAGCCAGGUAAGGUUAAUUCAGGUUCCCGAAGAAAGAGUUCCUCAAACGUGCUGCUUUCAACAUCCUUGAAAUGCUUCAAGUGGCUUUUCUUGAAUUACUUCAAGACAUAACCAAAGUUUACUCAGUUGGUUGAAAGAAGAGACUGACCAAACCUAGUUUUAUUUUGUGGGAGUUUCCUCGUGGAGAUGCCUUGAUGCAGGUAGGAGAUGUGGGUUGUAGUGAAUCAGAAGUAUGAAAUGUGCAGGUUACAGAAGUGCUGUUAGCAUUGUGAUGUGGGUAAGCUUAGUGAAGAGUACUGAGUUUUAUUGGCUUUCACCACCACAUUGAAGGAAAUAAUGACUUUGAAAUUUUGAAUAGCACUUAAAGGGUAGCGUUCUCACCCAGUGUUGUAGUGUCAAGAGUCUGGAAGUGUACGUAUUAGAUCCUGCAGUACAUAAGCAUUUAUAUAUAUUUUCCCAUUUCGAAACCUGAAAAUGCAAAUAAAUCAGAACAUGUACACGACCUGUGGACAGAGCAGUUUUGAGUCCCUACAUCACUGUAUAUAUUUUUAUGUUCUUAUGUAGAAGACUAGUAUUUGAGAAUAUUUGUGUAAAUAAACGCGUGUUUUAUUUAUCAGGUA